AUGGGCGCUUCAGCCAGGGAUACCACCGGCACUGCAUGCAUCGCAGCAUUGUCCGGCCAACUCCGGCCCAAGAAGGCAUUGAUUGACGCUUGGGCUGAAGGUCGAAGCAUCGGCGGCUCUCGGCACUGCUCGGCAUCUCCACUGCUGAUGCCGUGUCUUGCUCUCUACCUCCAUCUGCCCCAUCCAGCUUAUCCACGCUGUUUCACUCUGUCGCAACAUGCUUGGUGGAUGCACCGGCAGAGCAUGUAUCGUCUCGGCAAUUUUCAGUGCCAAUGCAUAUUCCUCGUCAUCCGAUGGUCCUUGGAAUUUGAUGAUGAUAUCGAUAUAGACUGCUUUGGGACCCACCAACACUACGGAUCGGUCGGAGUAGACCGCACUGACGAGACUAGAAACUGCCACUGCCGAUCCCACUAUCGAGACUCUGGCAAAGACCCUUUAGGGCAUUUACAGGGUCCGCGAAUCAAUAUGAUUGAUCCUUUCGGCGACAUUCCUUUCAGGGGUCCGACCCUGGUUCCUCGGCUGAUCAUCGGAUAA